CGGCGACCAACUGAAGCGAGGCAGGUCGGUCUUUUACCCCGUUUUUCGCGCACGGCGCGUCCGUCUCCUGGUCCAAAACGAUGACGCCGGUGAAGACAAAAGGCAAAUACGACGCAGGUUUCAAACUCCGAGUGAUUCACUUCGCCGAACGUUUCAGCAACCGUGCAGCUGGCUCGAAAUUUGGCCUCAACGAGUCCACGAUCCGAGGCUGGCGUAAAGUGAAGAACAGCACGUCCGCCGCUCCGCUCCAACAGUCAUGCCACGGUGACGACUUCAAACUCGCCCACGGCGUUGCACCGGUAUUCGCUGCGGCCACGCCGAAGUCACCCCCAACCCCGGUGGUCGCUAAGGAGUUCAGUUACACGCCUGAACGUCAAGCGAGCCCUGGAAGGGACGUCGCGAGCGACGCAUUUUUAUACCGGAAGAAACAAGUGCGCGAACGCGCCACGAGUUCGUCUCGAAGGAGUACCACUCCGUCGCCUCAGACUUUCCUCAAAACGCAUCGGCGACCCAAACAGAGGGUCUUCGUCGGACGAUCGGAGUAUAGCAACUUUCCCGAAGUCGCCAUCCCGUUCACGGUGAUCGCGGAGAAGGCGAUCAGGGCUUUGUAUCGAGGCCCCGAGGUGGUGACGACGUCAGCGUCACGAAUGACCAACAGAGAGGCCUUCGCCGGUCUGCUGGGACUGCGGCCCAUCACGCUACACGAUGACGGAUCGUAGGCAUACUAUGCAUUUACUUAGAAGCAAUAUUCCUGUGGUAUGAAAUGAACUUUUAUCUAACUGUUAUCGAUAGGGUGGUUCUGCUGACGGCGAGAUUUAAUCUCGCGCAGAACUCGAUUCUUUUUUAAACGACGACGUGCCUUGCUGUGCCAUUACAAAGCAACUGUGGUUUUGCUACAUGUGAUUUAGUUUAUCUGUGGACUAUGCAAGGGACUACUGCAACUAUGCAAGACUAUCCAGAGGACUGUGGCCAAAUGAGAGAUGGUGCUGAUGCUUCAGCACAAACUAUACUUCCUUUUUUUUUUUGCAUCAUUUACCCAGCACGCACAGAUUUAUCUUUCAAUACCUGCUAGUUUAGCACGCGUGCUGAUCAAUGAUAGACCUUUCGAGUCACAAACGGCCACAGCUGGCUACAGAGCCUCAGAACUACGGAGAAAACCGCACCUGGCCACAAUGUUAUUUUAACUUCUUGCAUAUUUUUCUUGGACGGUUUCUUCUUUUUACACUUGCCAGAAGAGCUUGCUCAAAGUACAGAGAUAUUUUUUACAACAGAAUAACCUCAUCAUAGGGAAUGCCUUAUAUACACGCAAGCAUGUACUACUUACUCUACGAAGUUGUAACAAACAUUUUUGGUCUAGUAUAACGGAGUUACCGAAUAAAGUGGUGGUGUACUGUUCAAA